AAACAGUAAAAAAAAAAAAAAAAACCAAAAGCUUCAAGAAGCAGGCCCUUAACCAUUUGGAACGGUCUUAGAUUUGAGUUGAAUUAUGGGAAAAAGGAAGUCAAGAGCAAAGCCACCGCCCAAGAAGAGAAUGGAUAAGCUUGAUACUGUUUUUACCUGUCCCUUCUGCAAUCAUGGAAGCAGUGUUGAAUGUCGUCUUGACAUGAAGGACUUGAUUGGUGAGGCUAUAUGUAGCAUAUGUCAGGAGAGCUUCAGCACAACCAUCACAGCCUUAACUGAACCAAUAGACAUAUAUAGCGAAUGGAUUGAUGAAUGUGAACGGGUCAACAACCUCGAAGAUGAUGGUGCUUAGGAAUAGGAAAAAACCGGGGGUUAUUAUUGUUAUAUGAAAAUCCCAUUUACCUGGAUCAAGACAAUCUUGUUUAUGGGAAGGCUGUGGUACAUUUACCUAACAUUUCAUUGCAUGUAUACUGUAUAUUACUGUUGCGGAUUGAACUUCAUAAAAUAGACUGCAACAUUCGGUGAUUCAAAAGUCAACCCCCUCCACCCCACGUUUUCUUUUG